AUGGUGAAACGUUCAUCAUUGAAUUUCAAAUUUGUUGCUAUUAUAUUGUUAGGAAUCUCGUUUACUCUGGGGUGUUGGUGGUCUGCCAGUCGGAGCAAACAACAGGUAGCGUUUAAUAUACCAUACAACCACGCAGAAUCAUCAUCAUCAUUAUCAGGAGACCAUCCUAUCGAUCAACUCAUCACGAAAGCCGAUGCAGAAUGGCAAUCACUGCUUGCAAAGGAGGCAACAUCGUUCAACGCGGCAACAGACCAGUAUCGUCGCCGUCGGGGACGACAUCCACCACCAGGCUUCAAAGAGUGGUUCGAAUUCGCCAGGUCUAAGGAUGCGCUCAUUAUCGAGGAUUUGUUUGACCAGAUCUAUGAUGACCUGAACCCAUUCUGGGGCCUCCAACCGAAGGAGAUCCGACGACAGGCACAGAGUCUCAAACCUCGCAUCGCUGUUAGCAACCGUACAGCGACAGCUAUUACGGACCACGAAGCACUUUGGUUAGACUCUUGGCUUAAUCUUGUGCGGAGCAUCGAGCGAUAUCUUCCUGACCUCGACAUGCCCGUUAACCCCAUGGAUGAAUCCCGAAUCGUUGUGCCUUCGGAAGCCAUAUCUGAAUACAUGGUCAAGGAACGUGCAAGCCGAGAAGGGACGAGAGAUAAAAGUCCUGCAGAGUUUAUCACAGAAUACACAGCUGCUACAAAUGAAGACAAGUUUGAGCCAUUUGAACCUCACUUCCUAAGUUCCAAUGAUGGUCACUUCUGGGACAGGGCUCGUGUGGGCUGCCCGCCGCACAGUCCGUCGCGCAAAGGUCACCAAAUAAACCCAGAUGUCGUUUUGCCUGUAGCCAUGGAAAACUUUCUGCAACACUCACAGAAUGGCUAUGUGCGCAACUGGACCAAGUCCAAGGAUAUCUGUUGGCGCCCUGAGAUGCAGGCUCUUCAUGAAGCUUUCAUCGAGCCAGAGUCCGUUUCAACAACACAUGAGUUAUUUCCUCUUUUUGGAGGAUCCAAGCUGGCAGUCAGUAACGAGAUCCUCAUCCCUCCCGCUGUCUACUGGUCCAAGGACAAUGGACACUCUGACGGCACCAAACACGACGGUGAAUGGGAAUCGAAGAAAGAUUCCUUGAUUUGGCGCGGGACUGCGUCUGGAGGUCGACACCGAGCCAACAUCUGGACGGGGUCCCACCGCCAUCGCCUACUAUCCAUGUUGAAUAGCACAUCUGUCGCCGCUGCCGAACAGAACAAUUCUCACUUUCUGAACUUUAUUCUCCCCAGCUAUGACUACUACCAUCUGGCCUCGGGUCGUGCUGGUCGCCUCCGCGAGUUUGUGGAGGAACAUGUCGAUGCUGGCUUCGUCCAUCUAGGGUGCUAUUCCUGUGCUCCCGGAGAGCGCUGUGAGUACAAUCUGACAGAUCCGCAUUGCUCCUACACGGAACCUUAUUUUACCCUCGUUCCCGAAAUGCCCGUGGACAAGCAGUACGGCUACAAAUAUCUGCCUGACGUGGAUGGCAAUUCCACCAGCGGACGGUAUCUCGCCUUCUUAUUCUCAACCUCUCUUCCCAUCAAAGCAACCAUUUACAAGGAAUGGCACGACUCUCGACUCAUUCCGUGGGCCCAUUUCGUCCCCAUGGACUUGACAUUUCUGGAAAUCUACGGCAUAAUGGAGUACUUUAUUGGAUACGGCGGGCCUGGCCAUGACCACGCCGCGCGAAAGAUUGCCCUGAACGGCAGGAAGUGGGCGGAGAAGGUUCUCCGCCCCGAAGAUAUGCAGAUAUAUACGUAUCGAUUGUUGCUUGAGUACGCAAGGAUCUGUGAUGAUAGACGUGAGAUGUUGGGUUAUACCGAGGAUGUUUUAUGGGUCAGGCGUGUGUAG